AUGGAGUUCCCAUUUUAUCAUGGAAACAUAACGAGAAAAACCUGUGAAGAAUUACUAAGCAAGAAAGGCAAGGAUGGCAGCUUUUUAUUACGAGAGAGCGAGAGCGUGGCAGGAGCCUUGUGUCUUUGUGUUUUCUUUGAACGGCUCAUCUACACUUAUCGAAUCUUCAGGGAACAUGAAGGUUACCUUAGGAUUCAGACUUCUGAAGACGUUCCACAACGGGUCUUCAAAACAAUAAAGGAUUUAAUAUACGCAUAUGAAAAGCCAAAUCAAGGACUCGUCAUCAACCUUCGCUACCCAGUAAGGAGACCGAAGCCCCCAAGGAGGAGAGUAAGGAAAUCCAAGGUAGAGGUGGAUGAAGAUUAUGAUGAUGAAAAGCAAAAAUUACAUAUUCUGCCUAAGUGA